AAUCAAAUCCAUGUGUGACAGAAGACCAGUUUCACACUGUUAGUGGGUGGAAAUGAAGAACUACUAUGAAGAUCAAUAAAAAUAUACUUCACACAGCAGAAAUGCUUUUGAGUUUGUUGUUUCUAGCCAUUCUCUUCACAUCUUGUCAUUCCAUUGACACUAUAACCACCAAUCACUCCUUAACAGAUUCCGAUAUUUUGGUCUCGGGAAAUGGAAUAUUCGCAUUAGGAUUUUUUAGCCCCGGAAAAUCUAAGUAUAGAUAUGUCGGCAUCUGGUAUCACAAGCUGCCGGAGCAAACUGUGGUGUGGGUAGCAAAUCGGAACAAUCCGAUUACUCAGUCGUCAGGAGUUCUCUCUAUAACCCCGGAUGGAAAUUUUGUUUUAAAUGAUGUCGAUGAUAUGAAGUUUCCUGUGUGGUCGACUAAUAUCUCAACAGGAAGAGUAGAAAGUUGUGUAGCUCGGCUUUUGGAUUCAGGAAAUCUGGUUCUGCUUCAUAAUGAAAGUAAAACAAUUGUUUGGCAAAGCUUUGAUUAUCCUACUGAUACCAUGCUUCCAGGUCUGAAAAUUGGUUUGAAUAGGAAAAUCGGCCUAUAUAGGUCCUUAACUUCAUGGAGAUCAUUGAAUGAUCCAGGAACUGGGGACUGGUUGUACAAGCUAAACCCGGAUGGCUGUCCGCAGUUCUUUUUGUACGAGGGUUCUUCCCGGAUUUGGCGAAGCAGCCCGUGGCCAUGGGAUCCAGCACCGACGCCUGGCUACUUGCCGACUUCUGCUAACAAUCAAGACGAGAUAUAUUACACGUUUAUUUUGGACGGGGAGUUUCUUUUAUCAAGAAUUGUGCUCAAGAGCUCUGGAUUGCUCCAACGGCUUACUUGGGACAACGCUUCUGACCAAUGGAGAGUCUCCAGGUCAGAACCUAAGCACAAAUAUGAACACUGUGGACCAAAUAGUGUGUUGAACUCUAACAAUCUUGAUAGUCUUGAGUGCAUGUGUCUGCCAGGGUUUGAGCCUAAGUCCUUAAAAAAUUGGUAUCUCAGAGAUGGCUCAGCUGGGUGUGUGAGGAAGCGAGAGAAAACAUCGUCGAUAUGCAGAAAUGGAGAAGGGUUUAUUAAGGUGAAGCGUGUAAAGCUUCCGGAUACUUCUGUAGCAGCUCUAGUUAACGAGAGUUUGAGCAGCACAGAGUGUGAACAAUUGUGCCUGAGGAAUUGUUCCUGCAAAGCAUUUGCAUGCUUGGAUAUUGAGAGGAAAGGCUAUGGCUGCUUGACUUGGUAUGAUGAGUUAAGGGACACAGUGGAGUAUACGGAGGGACGAGAUAUGUAUGUUCGUGUGGACGCUGUAGAGCUAGCUGAGAUUGCCAGUAAAAGAGGAAGGUUUUUGGAAAGGAAUGGAAAGGUGGUUAUUCCAGUAGUAUCUGCUGCUUUGAAUAUGCUUUUAAUCUUUGUAAUUGCGAAAUUUUGGCUAAGGAAGAUGAGGAAACGAAAAGUGAAGAAAAGACGGACACACGGACUAUUAUUAUCUGCGCUAUCGGAAACUGAACUUGCAGAAAGCAGACAACCUUCGGAUUUGCCAUUUUUCGAUCUGUACAUUAUAGCUACUGCGACUAAGAAUUUCAGUCCAGCAAACAAACUUGGACAAGGAGGUUUCGGCACAGUUUAUAAGGGUGAGUUGCACAACGGGAGACAGAUUGCUGUCAAAAGAUUAUCGCAGACUUCAGGCCAAGGAAUGGAAGAAUUCAAAAAUGAAGUGAUGCUGCUUACAAGGCUUCAACACAGGAAUCUUGUGAAACUUCUAGGAUGUUGCAUUCAAGGGGAAGAACAAAUGUUGAUCUACGAAUACUUGCCAAACAAAAGUUUGGACUACUUUAUUUUCGAUGAGAGUAGAAGAUCGGUUUUGGAUUGGAGAAAAUGUUUUGAUAUAAUAGUAGGAAUUGCAAGGGGAAUCUUGUAUCUUCAUCAUGACUCGAGAUUGAGAAUUAUUCAUAGAGAUUUAAAAGCCAGCAAUAUUUUAUUAGAUGCCGAUAUGAUGCCAAAAGUUUCAGAUUUUGGAAUGGCUAGGAUAUUUUUAGGAGAUGAAGUUCAAAAUGAGACUAAGCGAGUAGUUGGAACGUAUUUUGGAGUUAUGUUGCUGGAGAUCAUAACCGGCAAGAGGAGCAAUAAUUCAUUUCCGGAGGACCCUUCACUGACUUUGAUCGGACAUGUGUGGAAUUUGUGGAGAGAACGAAGAGCCUUAGAAAUAGUUGAUUCUGUUGUUCUCAUGCUAACAGGUGAAGUGAACCUUCCGUGUCCUAAACAGCCUGCAUUCAUAUUAGGAACAAGUUAUAAAGAUCCCGAUGCAUUAAACCCGGGAGUAAAUUGUUCUUUGAAUCAGGUAACAAUCACACGAGUUGUCGCGCGUUUUUGUAAUUCAGAUAAUAUUAUUAACACGAAUCAGUCUUUCAAAGAAGGCGAUCUACUAGUCUCAAGUGGUACUAAUAAGUUUGCAUUCGGGUUCUUCAGCCCCGGCAGUUCUAGCAAGAAAUAUCUUGGAAUUUGGUUCCAUAAAGUUUCAAAAAGAUCAGCUGUUUGGGUAGCUAAUAGGAACAAUCCUGCCAAUGGCUCGUCUGCAGUUUUAUCGAUCAAUCAAAACGGGAACCUUGUUCUCUAUAAUGAUCCCAACCAGAAGAUCGAAGUCUGGUCUACAAACGUAACAGAGAAGGUAAGAGAUGGAUGUAUAGCUCAGCUCUUGGAUUCAGGGAACUUAGUUUUGCUUGAAGCAACAAGUAAAAGAAUUGUGUGGCAGAGCUUUGAUUAUCCCACUGACACCAUCAUUUCCGGAAUGAAACUCGGGCAGAAUCAGAAAGCUGGUCUAGAGUGGUAUCUAACCUCAUGGAAAUCACCAGAUGACCCUGGAACCGGGGAUUACUCGUUUAAACUCGACCCCACUGGCUCGCCGCAAUUCAUUUUAUACAAGGGCUUGAAACCUCACUGGCGAGCCCACGUAUGGCCGAAGAGGAAAUUCUCCAAUGUGUAUAGCUAUACUUAUGUGUUCAAUCAACAUGAGAUGUACUCAAUCCACAAUUUACUUGAUACUUCGGUUAUUCUAAGAAUAGUGGUGGACCAUUUAGGGUUCUUCAAGUGGAUAACAUGGCAUGAGAGUGAUGGCCAAUGGAAGGACUUCUGGUCUGUGCCUAAAUACUCAUGUGAUUUCUAUGGAAAAUGUGGUGCUUAUAGCCUAUGUAGUCCUAGCAAUCCUGAUAUAUUUGAAUGUUCUUGUUUACCUGGAUACGAACCUAGGUCUCCGCGUGAUUGGUAUUUCAGAGACGCAUCGCACGGAUGUGUCAAUAAAAGGUUAGAAUCUUCCUCAGUUUGCGGACAUGGAGAUGGUUUUGUGAAGCUCAAGAAUGUGAAGUUAGCAGACACUUCGAAAGCAGCUUGGAUUGCCAUGAAUCUGAGCCAGGUGGAGUGUGAACAAGAAUGCUUGAGGAAUUGCUCUUGCUCGGCUUAUUCAAUGGUACAAAAGGAUCGUAAAGAGAAAGGCUGUUUGGUAUGGUACGGAGAGUUAAUAGACACGGUAGAUCAUAUGGAUGACGACUCAGAUAUGCAUGUUCGUGUUGAUGCAGUUGAAUUAGCUAAUAUUCAUGCAAGAAAAUCAAAUGGUUUUCUUGGAAACAAAGAGCAGGAAAUUCUAGUAUUGUCUGCAGGUGCAGCAUGGUUUACAAUUCUUUUCUUCGUCUAUUUGUGGUUUAGGAGGAGAAAAAAGAAAGGUCUGAAGAAAAAACUGGGAGACAGAGUGUUUGAUCCUAAGAGUGGUUCGAUCUACUACAAAAAUACCAUAGUGGCGAAUGAGCUAGAGGGGGAUAUUUGUCCUCCAGGCAUAGCGUAUUUCGAUCUCAGCAGCAUAAUUGCUGCCACCAACAAUUUCUCUCCAGCCAACAAACUUGGAGAGGGCGGUUUCGGCUCAGUUUAUAAGGGUCAGCUUACAAAUGGACAAGAAGUGGCUGUAAAACAACUAUCUGAAAACUCAGUGCAAGGAAUAGAAGAAUUCAAAAACGAAGUGAUGUUGAUCGCGAAGCUUCAACACAGGAAUCUUGUAAAACUUUUAGGAUGUUGCUUUGAGGGAGGAGAGCAAAUGUUAAUUUAUGAAUAUUUGCCGAACAAAAGCUUGAACUUAUUUCUUUUCGAUGAAAAUAGAAGGUUAUGCCUAGAUUGGAGAAAACGCUUCAAUAUUAUAAAUGGGAUUGCUCGGGGUAUUCUAUAUCUUCACCAAGACUCAAGGUUGAGAAUCAUCCACAGAGAUCUAAAAAGCAGCAACAUUCUAUUGGAUGAAGAGAUGAAUCCAAAAAUUUCAGAUUUUGGCACGGCUAGAAUAUUCAGAGCUGAUCAAAUUCACGACAAGACAAAAAGAGUGGUCGGAACCUAUGGUUAUAUGUCGCCAGAAUAUGCAGUAUUUGGUAAAUUUUCAAUAAAAUCCGACGUCUUUAGCUUCGGGGUCAUAGUUUUGGAGAUUGUAACCGGCAAGAAGAACAACGAAUCUCAAAAAACUAAUACUUCCCUGAGCUUGAUAGGGCAUGUUUGGGAUUUAUGGAGAGAAGACAGAGCAUUAGAGAUAGUUGAUUCAUUACUAGACGGAUCAUAUUCGCCAGAUGAAGCAUUGAGAAGCAUUCAUAUCGGGUUGUUAUGUGUGCAAGAAAAUGUUGAGGACAGACCAACUAUGUUAGAAGUUGUUCUGAUGUUAAGUAGUGAAGCAACUCUUCGAGCUCCUAAACAACCGCCUUUUGUUUUCUCAGCAUCUUCCGACAAAACUAACAUUUCGGGAUCUAGUUCCAUAAAUGAGGUUACUAUCACUAAAUUCGAAGCUCGAUAGAGAUAUAACUCUCACUAAUUGUAGGAAUGUGAUUACUUUUUUACCUGGGAUUCUGUAAUUUAUUGUAUAAAUUCCAAGUAUAAUCAAUCUAAUUGGGAUUUUUUGUGCUUAAGAUUGUAGCUUAUCUAUUAUCAGGGCUUGAAAUUUGUUACA